CCUCCCUUUCCCUUGAAUUCCAUGUGCUGUUCUCCAUGGUAGUUGCAAGCUACAAGAAUUAUUCAAUCAAAAGAGUCCACUAGGUUCUGCAAAAUAUUAAAUGGCUCUCCAGCAUAAUUCCACAGAAUCUGUUGGUGACCACAAGCAUAGAAUCCUUUUACGUGGUUGACCCAUCGGCACUAGCCCUUUUAUUCGAAACUGAAAAUCCACCACCACUUGUUGUUAAUCCACAACUCAGUUUAAAUAGGCUCAUUUUGCUUCACCGUAUCAGCUUAAACUGUGUCUUUAGAAGAAAAUUUGUGAACUUCUCUUUCACAUUAGCCAUGCUGGAAGGCAAGGCAGUCAUUGGAGAGACUGAUAUGCUUCAAACCAUGCAGCAGGAUGCUCUUGAUCUAGCUGCAAAAGCCCUUGAUUUCUUCGAUGUCACGGAGGCUACUGGGAUAGCACGAUUCAUAAAGAAGGAAUUUGACAGAACAUAUGGACCUGGGUGGCAAUGCAUUGUAUUAACUGAUUUUGGUUCAUUUGUGACACAGUACACUGGCUGCUUCAUUUAUUUUUGCAUUGGCAGCCUUGCAAUUUUGCUUUUCAGGGGUUCUGCUGUUCUAGAAGCUGAAGUACACAAGUUUCCUGCUUUAAAGACAGUGAAAGCAUAGCAUUUACUUACAUUUCUUUACUUCUUGUACCAACUUUUGAAGUGUAGUCCAGAAAUAUUAUCAUUAAAAUUAAAGAAAAGAAGCAAAGAAGGAAACAUUUCAGCUUCAGCAAUGUAUGUUUUUUUCCAUUUUAUUCUCUAUUUUUUAUCUCAUUGCCUUUAAUGGCAUAGGAUUGUGCAUCAGAAU